AUGGAGUUAGAAGACGUAGAAAUGUAUGGACAUGAUAAUUAUUCGUUCGACCACAAUGGAACGUUUAACGAGACCUACGAGAACUGUCCCAACGUCAACUUACCCGUGGUCUACGUUAUCACCCAGAUUCUAUACGCCCUGGUCUGUAUUAUCGGGCUGCUCGGCAACACCCUGGUCAUAUACGUCGUUCUACGGUAUUCGAAAAUGCAGACAGUGACUAAUAUGUACAUAGUGAACUUAGCUAUCGCAGACGAAUGUUUUCUCAUAGGAAUACCGUUUUUAAUUGUGACAAUGACCUUACGUUCGUGGCCGUUUGGAAGGUUUAUGUGCAAAGCUUACAUGAUAUCUACUGGUAUAAAUCAGUUUACAAGUAGUAUUUUCCUCUGCAUCAUGAGUGCUGACAGGUACAUAGCAGUAUGUCAUCCAAUAGCAGCGCCUCGACUUAGGACCCCCUUUGUGUCUCGCAUUGUGUCGGCAGCCGCGUGGACCGCCUCCGCUCUGGUGAUGACACCGAUCUUCAUGUAUACGACAUUGAUAGAAAACGAAAAUAGCCUAUCUUGUAACAUAGUAUGGCCGGAACGAGAGUUUAACAAAGGGCAAACUUCGUUCACAUUAUAUUCCUUUGCCCUAGGCUUCGCCGCGCCAUUAACCCUUAUUUUUGUCUUCUACUGUCUUGUAAUUAGAAAAUUAAAGACUGUUGGGCCAAAAAAUAAAUCAAAGGAGAAGAAACGCUCACACAGAAAAGUGACCAAAUUAGUGCUCACUGUGAUAGCUGUGUAUGUGCUAUGCUGGCUACCUUAUUGGGCUUUCCAAGUUGCACUGAUAUACUCCCCGCCAACUGAGUGCGCCAGUCGCAUCACUAUUACCGUUUUCCUCGUCGCAGCCUGCUUCAGCUACAGUAAUUCUGCAAUGAAUCCUAUUCUCUAUGCAUUUUUAUCAGACAAUUUUAAAAAGAGUUUCCUGAAGGCCUGCACAUGUGCUGCUGGAAAAGAUGUAAACGCAACAUUGCAUGUAGAAAACAGCGUGAUACCAAGAAAGAAGGGCGGUAGCGCGGCACGAUCGCAGUCACGAGCUCUGGCAGAAGUCCGAGGGUUGACGGGCCCAAGACGACAGGACGCUUGUGGGUCUAGAUCAGAAGCGUCCACAGCUCUGACAUCUCGUUCGGUGGCAGCCAGCGAGGCUCUCAAUUUGGAAUCCCGUCCAGGUCUCACGCCACUCAUAGCUCCAAAUGGCCUCUCCCACUCACGUCUC